GACAAGUGUUUCUCGGGCAAGUGCACAACCCACUAACAGAACCUGUGAUCAAGCUGAAUCUGACACUUAUAUUUGGUGGAAUUCUGAGUCAACUGACUCAUCUGUACAUUAGUUCAGCUAUGAGGCCAAUGCAGUUGACUAUCGGCAGUAACAUCACAUCUAAACAGAACCUGAGUCUCCAGCUCAAAGGCCAGACGGUGUCAUUUCAGGACUGUGACAGACCUUUCUUUCAGUCUGUAACCCAUCUUCAUGCUGAAGCUGAAGAAUUCCUUUGUGGAUCUGAAUUCAUGGGAAAGUACUUCACGUCUGUGGAGACAUUUGACUACAGAUCGAAGCUUUCAGCUAAAAGGGUUGAUUUAACAUCAAUUAAUCAGCUGAUUCACCUGAGGAAACUGACUCUACGACAGGUGGAUCUUUUAACACAGCGUUCUGCCGACAUCAUUUUUCACAACUUGACCAAACUGGAGGAUCUGGAACUUGACAACUGCAGGAUUUAUUCUUUAGAGGGGAGUUUAACUAAAGACUUGAAAUCUUUGAAAACGUUGUAUUUGCAUAUAGAGAACAUUUAUAAUGUAUUCUACAGCUUUACUGAACCUCUCUCUAGCCUUAAGCUUUUGACGUUUAAUAAUUUACAGAUGUUUUGCAGUUGUGACAAUGCUUGGCUCAUUACAUGGGCAAAGGGGUACAGGCAGGUUGAAGUGAUCAUGCUUGGUCCGUAUGCUAAAACCGGUAUGUAUGCUUUGGAAGACUUGAUAUGCUUGUCGGACAAUGGAAUAGACACGCCUAAUUAUGUCAAGUACACAGAAGCCAACUGCACAACCGAGGUUGGCUUUGUGCUCUUUGCUGCAACUGGCCUGGGAGUCCUGUUCUUCAUGCUGGUGGUGUUCGUCCAUAACAUCACCCUUGGCUGGCUGUCGGAGGACAUGCGAUCCAACACCAGGGGGCGCUACCACUACGAUGCGUUUGUCUCCUAUAGCGGGAAGGACAAUCUCUGGGUGGUGGAGGAGCUGCUACCUAACCUGGAGCAGAGGGGUCCACCUUUCCUGCGCCUCUGUCUGCACAGCAGGGACUUCCAGCUGGGGAAGGACAUUGUGGAGAACAUCACAGACAGCCUCUACCGGAGCCGCCACACCCUCUGCCUAGUCAGCCGCCACUACCUACGCAGUAACUGGUGCUCUCUGGAGAUGAAGCUGGCCACCUACAGGCUGCAGGUGGAGCAAAGGGACAUCCUCCUCCUCAUCUUCCUGGAGAAGAUCCCCCCUCUCCAGCUGUCUGCCCACCACAGGCUGGCUCGCCUGCUGAAAACCAGGACUUAUCUGGACUGGCCCCAGGACCCCCAUCAGCACCAGGCAUUCUGGGACCGACUGUGGGCUAAACUGAAACCUCUGUCUGAAACGUGAUGUCAGAGGUUGAUGUACUGUAAGACAUUCUGGACUGAAAUGUGUCAUCAGAGGUUAAUGUGGGACAUUGUGCUAGUGCAGAUGUAAUGUUGACACACAUGUUGAGGUAUGGUAUUUGUCAUUUAAAGUACUCCGUACAAAUGUCAACCACUAUUUGGGAUUUGUUUUGACAAUUCUGGUGAAGUCCUUUUAAAUAUUCUACCUGCAUUUUUUAUGAUUCUUCUGAAAUAAUCCUGUUUCAACUUCUUAGAAAAACCUCUUAGAAAAACUUCCCCAAGUUUGAACAGAUUCUGUUUGUAUUUUUCAACACCUAAUCGCUAACCCAUGUCUUUGUUUGUAAAUGUGUUGCUAAGAGGUACUGAAAAAGGGAUUUAGCUCUGUUUCUGUUUUACUUCAGAGAACAACUACUUUACGCUGCUGUGAAUAACAAUACAUGAAUGACCAAUGACCAUGAACCUGUUAUUAAUGACCACGACGCAGUGAUUUAAAUUUCAACAUCGAUCAAAGAGUUCUGUAUAGAAAUGUAGUUGCUAUUUCUUUAACUAAAUGUGUUUCUAGUUGUUUUACUAAAUAUUUUACUUGUUCUUUAUCUAAAUUUGUUGCUAGUUGUUUAUCAAAACAACAAGCAACUACAUUUUGUUAAAGGUGCUGCUUGAGUGUUGCCUGUAUAUAGUUCACCACACAUGUAUUUGAUACAUGUCUUAACUAGUGGGUGUGGGGAGGGGUACCCCUUUCUGGACAAUGAAGAAAUGUUUGUGAGUUGGAGGAAACCUAGUUUUGUUGUGUUAUUUCAUUAUUGUUUAUACAUUUGAUAAAGACAUACAGCCGAAAUUUUGGAAACUGGCUUGUGUUUCUGUUUUUAAAUAAAAAGCAUCACUGCAUUAGAAUAACUCCGGCGCCGACAGAGAUGGCCGCCUCACUUCGCGUUCCUAGGAAACUAUGCAGUUUUUUG